AUGGCUUUUCAACGAAGUUUAUACUCAAGUGUGCUUAUAACCGUGUGCAUAUCUAUGUUGACAGCACCAAGCUUGUCUCUUUUAUUUGGAGGUCCGGACAUGAUAGCAAAAUGCUUUGCAUCAGUGGGAGAUGUUCCAGGCUGUGUGGAAGAAAUUAUUACAUCUUUUCUGAGCAUUCAACUUCGUCUGCUUGGUCCUCAGUGCUGCAGAGCUGCUUUGGAUAUUGAUGAUGGAUGUUGGCCAAACAUCUUCCCCUUCAAUCCUUUUUUUCCACCUGCCCUCAAGAAUUUUUGCUCCACUACUCAAGCUCGGUUACCACCACCCUCUCCGCAAUUUCCAUGA